UCUCACCGCUGUCAGUCUAAGAGAUACAUACAGUGUUUGCAAUACCAGACAAACUUACCAGUAACUUCCCCAUAAUUGAACCAAAUCAUUUUUUGAUGCGUCUGUUGAAGUAAUCCAUAGGUGUUCUGUGCAUUACUCCCCAUCAGGAAUGUUGGGGAAUGCAUUCUGAUUUUUGAUGUUCAAUGCUAGAAUGACCAAACUAAAAUAAUAUUCAUAUGGUAAUCUAAACUUUUUGAAAAAGUAGAAUUGCAUUACUGUAUACAGUGGAAAGCUAUUUAUUGUACCUCUGGGCUUAUUCCUCUAAAAAUUGUAGCGUAAAAAAUCUUUGUCAAGCCUGAACUGAUGUAUAUAACUGAAAUAAUGUAAAGUUAUAUUUUCAUGUUUUUAUACUUAACAACAUGAUGGGAAUACAUAAUGUAUGAGUAUUUCAAUUACAGAUAAUAUUGAUUGGAUAAUACACAUCUCAGUUAAAAAGCAGUAACCAUAGUUUAAUAUCCAUGUUACAGUACAUCAGUAUAUUGCUAUAUAAAGUAUGUCUGUGUGCAUUUAAGUGAAAAAGUAGUCAAGAGUGAUGAAAGCUGUCCAAGGGUUUUUUAUUCAUUUUAUAUGAAAACUGUUAUGGAGCAACCAAAAUGUUUAUGAACUAAUCUUGUGUAAAUUUCAAAAUGUUCUUUACUGUAGCUUUUUGUUUACAGUACGGUAUCUUAUUUUCUGCUUUGUUAAAUGAGUAAUGGUACAAAGCUGGACAUACACUUUCUAAGACAUUAACAUUCCCAUUUUUCCAUGUAUACCUAUAUGACAGAAAAUGCUUCUGAUUUUAUUUUUAAAUCUAACACAUGAUGGCUUUUCUGGAGUGUUGUAUAAACUUCAAUCAUACAUAAAAAAUCUUCUUAAAAAAGGCAAAAGACCCUUAAUGUCUGUUUAGUAUUAUUGAAAUCCGUUUUCUUAUUCAUUAUAAAUGUAUUUUCAUAAGGUUUUAGAAAUAGAAAAACUGUUUGUCCCCCCAGACAUGAAAUUUCCUGAGUUUUGCAAGGAGAAUAUGAAUUUUCCACAAAAUUAUAUUGUCAGUCAAGUAUAGAUUUAUUGUAGUUCGCGUUAUCACUAAACAAAGUAAUGUAACUUUCUUGCCAAUAAUAUAAUUGUAUUUCUGGAAUGUAACCCUCAUGAUCAUGCUUAUAAUGGCAGUGUUGUGGGAUGGUGUGCUUCUAAAGUUAAGUAUCUAUUCAAUAACUCUACUGAAAAGCUAUCAGAUAUUCCUUGGAACAGUAAUUUUUAAUUUCAACAGAUUUUUAAUGUGUUCAAACCAAGAAAAGGACCUGAGAAAUGGCAAGUGUUUUAGGUAUAUAUUAGUAGUAUUGCUAUUAUAAAUCUAGAUCUAUAACAAAGUGUUUGCUAUAAUAGCAAACAAAUUGAGUUUGAAGAGAUUUACAAUAUGAAAAGUUCAAAUCUUUAUUUUAAAUGUGUAACAUUUUAAUAGAGUGUGUGUCUUGGGAACUUUCUCCUCUUUGGCUGAUAGAUGUGGGCAACAUCUUUACACCAAUUACAGUGCCUGCAUAAUUGUAUUUUUAAAGUACAAAUACAUGAUUUCAGCUAUCCUUUUGUGCAACUGGGUAUCUGAAUAUAGUGUAACUCUCUUGUUGUCACCAGCAAAAUAGCAUCAGGAGCAGCUGCGUACCGGGUGAUAUCUGCUACUCAGAUAUCAGGCUACUCAGAUCUGUUUUACUGUACCAAAGUUUAGUGUUUAUUAAGUAGUUUCAUUUAUCCUGGCACGACAUCACAAAAAUUUACUGAGAGAGACCUAGCAGGUCCAGAUUAUUUUAGGAUUUCAUAUUAUAUCAAGCAGUCUGAAUAAAAUUUAGCAAAUAACUUAACUGUGGGCUUAACUUUGAGGAUUUUCCCUGGCAUUAGUUUUUGCAGUUAAUAUACAGCACUACAUAUAUGUGUAAUGUGUAGAAUGAGGGAAUUGUAUGCAACAAUGGCACCUAUGUGAUGAAUUUCAUUUAAUCUGUGCCUCCUGUUGCUUUUCCUGAAAUAUGGACAAUAGUUCAUUUCUGUUUUUACUACUCCUAAUAGUCUAAACUAUGGAGCUGCUUCAAAUAGCUCCAUUGUAAAAAUAUCAUAAAGCUGUUCCUUUUUCUGCCCUUAAUGCUAUCCCUUCCUCUCUUCUCUCUCUUCCCCAAAAAGUAGACAGAUAAACAUGCCUGUGUCUAGUAUCUAAGAGCCUAUGGGAACUUCACGUGGUAACAGUUUCAUAACAAAAGAUUCUUAAUUGAUUCCUACUUGCAUUUAGAAGGUAUCAACUCCUUAUACCUUGAAAUGACUGUAAUAUUUGUAAUAAGUCUUAUUUUUAGAACUUUCCUUAAUGUAUUGACUGUUACAUUGAUGAUUACAAUUUCAGAGCAAGUUAGAUUCAUUUAGUUCUUUAACAUAUAAUUUACUGAAUCUUGAUAUUUGAAAAAAAGAAACCUUCUUUAAAAGAGGAUUUCUGUAAACAGGAACCAAAAAGAAUAGAACACUGUAAGAUACAAUAGAAGAGUUCUGAGAAUUACAAAUCUGACUUACCUUUGGCUUUGAUGUUUAUGGGUUUAUGGGUCAUGAGGCCUUACCACACUCCCUAAUCUUAAAGUUAGGGCAUAUUACAUGAUGUGCUUUCUUUCUUUUCCUCUUGCUCCACCACAUGCAGUUAGUUCUAAUACAUACUUUCUAGCUGGGUGGGCAGAUAAAAAUAUAAUUACUGUAUAUAAUGCUAAUUAUAAUUUUUUAAUUGCUUCAGCAGUCAUUCAAAAUGUUUGUUAUGGCUCAUUGCAUCUGGCCUCUGUGUUAAAUAAAAGAAGCAGAGAUGAUAAAUGUGGAAAAGGUAUCUUAGGUCAUCUAAGCCUGACCCUUAAUUCAAGUGGCAUCAUCCACUGCACCAUUCUCCCUUCUACAUCUCUAAUUGCUAAUGAAUAUUAGGCUACCUCAGUAGACAUCUCAGUGCUUACUUUACCUCAGUUUUGAGAAAAUGCUUCCUUUAUACCUAAAAGAAAAGCAUUAUCCCACUUAAUCCCAAAAGAAAAAGGCUGGUAAACAUUAGCAUAUAGACCAACCCCUUAAAAUUGUUUUCUCUUGGUUCAUAUCUGGAAUUGGGGGAAUUGCUGCAAAGAAUUGGGUUCCAAAGGUCCCAUAUGCUAUGAACUACUCAGGACCUGGCUGCCUCCUUUGCUUGUUUUCAUUCGCAGAAAGGAAGUACGUGGGCAAAGCUGAGAUAGGAAUUGGUGUGGCAGUUUCAUAUCAUUCUUCUGUCCCCCUUAAUCCUAAAAGGCAAAGCAACAUCCAGAAGAGACAUCAAAGAAGGUCUAUCCCUGUUUCCUAAGGGUAGAAAAUAAACUCACGAUUAUUUUUUUCCAUUUUAAAACCCACUGUCAAUGUAAUUUUGAAAUGAUAAUUCUAUCUUUUAAUUUUUUAGUAAACGACUCUUAAAAUUGGAAAAUGAAAUCUGUUUCCAGAGUCUCAUACAUGUGGUCGUUUCUUAAAAGGGGACUUCCCAGAGUCUUUCUGAUGCGUGUUUUACUGAAGCACAAAGAGUAUUUUGUUAAAAGCUAUUUGGAGGCUUUUACUGACAACUUUUUAUCCGGUUUUCAAGUUGUAUUGUUAUGGCCUGUCCUUCAGCACUGUGUUCUCUGAGUUAAGAAGAAAAUGCAAGUAAAGAAGUCAAGUUAUGUAUCUUUUACUUACAGAGCUAUCACUUAAUAGUAUGCUUACAAAUAAGAUAAUAUUUUUCUGCAAUUGGUUUCCUUAAGAGUUUCACUUUAAUUCACAGAUAUGUUUUGGGUUACCUGAUACUGUAAAUUGCUUCAUGGAACUACUUUUUCCAGUUUUGAAAGAUUUAUAUACUUUUUACGGUGUCACAGUGACUAAAAAUACAAUAAUGUAAACUACCUUCGUGGUUUUUACUUGGGUGAUUGUUUUUAUAUUUGUUUUUACUAAUUUCACAAAACUAUUGGAAGAAUAUUUCCAUAAAUUUGGAGCUAAGUGACUUGUCAGCUGAUAGGGGUUACUUUUAGUUAGAAUUUAUCAUUCAGUUUCACCUACUAUGUUCCAAUUAAUAAGCAGAGUCACUGGUAUAUGAAAAUGAAGAUGGUGGAUUUUCCAGUAUAUAUGUAUGUAUACAUAUAUGUGCACAUGCAUGUAUGGUAAUGCAGUAGUUAAACUAGUGCUGACUUUGAUAAGGCCAGGAUUUCAUACUCAAAAAAGAUAACUACAGCAAUAAUUCAUAGUAGCACUAGUAGUGAGAGGGAGACUCAUAAGCAUGUGCCUUAUCACCAUUAGUUUGAACAAAUAUGGAAUUUUAUUUUUCCAUAAAAUAGUAUGAUAGUCUCAUAGGAGUCAAUCACCAAUGAAUUCUAUAACUUCAUGAUUGAGACCCUGCGAUGGUCUUUGUUCUCAUUUACAGGAUUAAGUUCUACAGAAUUUCUGUGAGAAAAAUGAGGCUGUUCCACUCUACCUUUAACCUGCACAAACAGAUCAAGUUACUUCUAAAAAUGAAAGCUGUAGCGUGCACCAUUGCCUCUCGCUUCUUUAGGAGGGAUGAUGGGGUUCAUGUAUAUACAUGUAUAUGUCUAAUUUUUCAAAUUAAAGUGUCUUACCUAUCUAAAAAUCAAUACAAUUGAUCUGAGAUGCUCAGGUUUAGUUACCUCUAGCACUACAUGAAAAAAUAUAAAGAAAACUUUGUAAGCUAUUGUUUGAUUUUCUGAACCAAAAUCUUGGAAGGAAGUUAAUGCCUCCAGGACAAAAUUCUGGGCAUCCGCAGGGCUUGAUACUACAUCACGUUGUGCAAUAAUAUAUACUGUUACGGUGCUGUGGAAGAAUUCUGUCCACAUUUUAUAUUAUUUUUAGUGGCAUAGAUAAACAAGUAGUUAUAAGCUGUAGGCAAUCACUUCCACAGUAUAGGCUUGGCAGCCAGUUUGCAGACAAUUGCUAUGUAUAGGCUGUAUCUGUGGCAUUACCAUGUUGUUUAAAUCUACACCUUCAAAAUAUAAAAAUAAAUCAUGUCAUAUUUUUUCAAAAGCAAUGUCUUCAGUGAGAACAGGAUUUUACUCAACAUUUUUUCUUCAUCCUGAUGGCUAUUUAUAGCUAAAGUACUUGUUUUCCACAGGAAUAUUUUAGCAUAAAUCUACUUGUUUUCCUUUCAUUCUAUGCUCUUUUUUAUUCUAGAAGACCUAAUUGUGUGAUAUUAAUAUGAAUGUAUUUUUCUGUAAUAUUAUAGAUCCACAGUUAGAUCUGGGAGAUGUUCAUCAGUUCUGCUCUGUCUGUCAUAUAAGCUGCUUUUUAUAGGAGAUCUUAGUAGUUUUAUACUUGUGAUUUACUUUUUGAUCUUUUAUCACUUAGGAGAGAUUUUAGCACAUCAAGGAAAAAAAUAACAUUGCAUGCACAGCCUGCUGUUUUGAGAUGUUGCCUGAGUCGUACACAGUCAUUCAGCUGUUGAAUAUAUCCAGUGGCUCGCAUCUCUUAAAGAAUCUUUCUCAGACAACAGCAGGGUCAAAGAUUGCUCUGAGGAGAGCAAGGUCGGGCACUUCGACUGGAUCCUGCCUCGCUGAAGUCCAGGGAAGCUCUGCCCUUCUUUCUAACUGGAGCAGAAACAGGUCUGAACCUCCCAGUUGUUUGUAUGCAGUCAUGAAGAUAGCUGCCCUGGGAUCGCUGCCCUUGCACUAACGCUAGCAAAGUUUGAAUUGUUAGCAAGCUCAAGAUGCGAAAGCUCUUUCUUCUUUCUUAAUAUGAUGCCGAAGGAAAGAUCUGUCCCCUUCUUCCCUUAUCAAUGCUGUUUGAAAAGCUUUUUUCUUCAGUGAACUCCACCCAUGUGUGUACUGCAAAUUUAGAAUGUAACUUUGAAAAAUUGCAUUAAUAUAAAAUAAUGUUAUCUUUUCUCAGCAUAGAGGAAACUCAACGUUUUCCCUCACUCCAGAAGAUUAAGCACAGCCAUCUUGGCUGGGUGAACAAUUUUAGGGAGAUUUUUCUCAAAGGGCAAAAGUGUCGCUCUUUUAAGAAUAUGAAUUAUAAACAUCAUAUGUUUUCAUUAAAGAAAACUUGUAAGCUCCCCCAUAGACAAGAUCAUGAGAAUAUAAGUAUUAUUUGUUUGGGAAGAUGCUAGCUCCUAUUAUACUGCUUUGUGGACAGUCUUUCUUUAUGUAUGUCACCCUAUGCUAUGUAAAUCAGAGGUUCCUGGCUUGCUGGGUAAUUUUUCUGCAGUAUCAGUAUAGCAUCUGUAUAAUAAUAUAUAUACAAAUAAUGCCAUAAUGCUAUUUAUGAAUUUUUAAAAGCAUAUCCUUUGAUAAUGUACACAAGCCUAAAUUAGGAGUAGUACAAGCAAUUGAAGUUACAUUAGUGCAAAACACAAUUUGAGAACAGCAUCUGAUCUACACUUUUCUUUUUUUCUUUUUUUUUCUUUUUAAUAUCUGUACUAAAACUGUGUAUUGCUAGAGGCAGUAGGAACAGAAGAGUGAACGAAAGAAAGCACUAAGCAAACUUAAUUGGGACUAUGGAUUGGGUUAUAAAGCCGUGAUUUGAAAAUACGACAUUGAUUAGUAAAUAGAAUAGAACUUAAGUUCUCAUUUAAGUUAGCUGACAGUGUGUCAGGAGAUUUUGUGAAAGAGCUGAACUAUUGAAAUGUGUCAUAAUGAGUGAGGACACUGUAUAUAGCCCUUGGCAUUAAACAUGUAGACCUGUCCAACUUCCAUGUAUUAGCUUUUUUUGGCUAUUUUGUGAGAUUGUAAUGGGCCAGGCUUCUCGCUUAGGUAAGUCUAGGUCCCAUUCUGGCUGUGUACAUCAAAUCAAUGUUAAAACAGGAUAAACUCACGUUUCCUUUCAGUUGGCUUGCUUUGUAUUUUAAAGUCAAUGUUUCAACAACUGUCUAGGGUAAUUAUGCUCCUUUACUUUCUGUGCUGAUAAUAUUCUCCAGGGUUUUUUAAAAAGCUUUUAGCUAAAACUGUUUAAAAGAUUCUGUAAAAAGUGUUUACUGAGGGGAAAUGUGGAUUAUCAGGCAAGCUAGUAUUUUUUUAAGACACUAUAUUUUCUAUUGAAAAUAUAUGAUACUUUAUGUUAUAGCAGAUAAGAAAGAUAUGAGGAACUGUUGCCGGAGGAUUUAGGUGAGAUUUUGUUUGUUUUGCUUGCUCUGCAAAAAUUUUUCAGUUUUUUACUUGUUUUGGUUUUGCUACGGCUUUUAGUAAAACAAAAUACCCAGCUAUCUCUCUGUAAUCAUGCUCUGCUAUUGCAUGCUCUGAUCGCAUUGGCUGACAUCCGUGAAGCCGGAUGGAUCCCUUGGAGAAUGUUCCCUUAUUGGUGUAGAUAGAUGAUAGAAUAGCUCAGUGUAAUAGAUAUUUUUAGAUAUUUCUGUCUGAUUUCACUUCUAUGUGGAUAUGACUGUUCAUUUUUUUUUGUACCUUUUUAUUUGUGCUACAGCUACGGACACGGAGAUCAAUGGCAAAAAUGUAAAUACAUUAUUUUUUAAAAGAAUAGUGUAGAGUAUUCGUGGAAAGGAUCUCUGUUUGGAAAAAAAUACCUUUCAAAAAACUGAGUUGCCUCUGAGCAUCCUUCAGUGGAAGGAGAUACUAAAUGGUGAAUUUUUUGUCCGGCAGUUGUCUUUUCCUGAGUAGUUAAUCCUAUUCUAAAGUUCAAAGGUCUUUGUACACAGAUAUUUUUGCAGGAUCAAGCUCUAAUUUACUGAAUUCUGUAUAAAUAUGUAAAUGUUGGUAUUGAACAUGUGAUGAAAGGCACAAAGAAAAUUUGUUUAAGAAACAGGCUAGCAUGGUAUUUUUUUCCUUUCAGUAACUUCUUCAAACCUUGCAAUCUUAGGGCUGUUUUUUUUUUUUUUUUAAUUGGUACAAAAUGAAUAUGAAUUCAUGUUCAGUGUCCUUCUAAUGUGCCAUUCCAUCGCCAUUACAAGUUACUAUUCUUCCCCCUCUUUCAGAGUCUGAAACCUGACUUAGAAACAGGAUAGUAUUGUUACUUGAUUUUAAUGUGAAUUUUUGUCUGUUUUUGUCUUUGUGUCUGAAACAUCUUGCACACCGUUUUUCUUCCUCUUAGGAACAAAAAGAUGAUGCAUGGAACGCUACAGGUGUAUUUCUGAAACUCUCUGCAGAUACUGUCAUUUGUAUGUAUAGAUGCUUGGCCAUUUCUUGUCUUAAUUCCUCUCAGAUCUUUAUGGCUGUUAUGAUUUAAAUCAUCCAGACUUUGUCUUUAUGUCUUUAUGUUGGAACCUGUUUUGUAACCAGAUAACAUUCCCUAGGUAGCCAUUAACUAAUGAUUAACAAUGCCAUUGUGUAAUACCUAGAGGCAUAUGCAGUGUUUUACAGAGAAUUUAAUACUUAUAACACUCUAAAGUGAAGUCUUUAGCAUCAAAGUUAGAACACUGAGAAUAAAAGAUUAUAAAUAAAGAAGGUGUAGGAGAAAUAAAAUAUUGUGAGACAUUGCAGGCUGGUUGUGUUGAUGUGAACAUAUACUCUAUUUGGUUUUGUGUUUAAUAUUAAGACUUGAAUCUUUGAUUCUGAAUUUUCUUAAUAAAAAAGUGGAGCAUGGAAUAAGAUGUAGAAAUACACAUUGCAGUUUCCACCUGAUGAUACUAUGUAUUCCAACUAAAACAAUUUUUGCUCUAAUGCUGACAGCUGAGGGAAAAAAAGGUCUUUCUUGUGAGCAUCUUAUGCUAUUGAUUUUAUUUAGAAUAGUAUUGCUUCUUCUUGGGAUAUUUCCUUCAUUUCUUUUUGGAUGCUUGUCCUUUAAGUUUCAGGGAGAAAUGCAGCUGCAAACAUAAAAUGCUUAUUUUGCAAGUGCCUGCAACUUCCUGAAUCAUUCUCUCUUUUGCCAAACAAGUGUUUUUAUGUGUUUCUCCACUUUUCUGCUCUUCACUUAGGGAGGUAGUACAUUUUGUUAGCAGCUGAGUUCUCAAAUCAAUUUUGGAACAAUAAAUCAAGCUCUAAAAAUGGUACUUAGGUGUAUGAAAAUGAGCUCUUAAAUUAGUUUCUUGGCAUGACUGAGCUGGAAGCUUCUAUAUCCUCUGCAAUAAGGAUUGCCCUUUGUGUUGUUUUACGUGUGAGUGAUGUUGUAAAUGACAAGAAGGGAAACCAUAAAAUGAAACCUUUCCAUGUUAAGAAGACCUUUCCAGUUCCAUUUGUCUGUGUGCUCAUGUUCAAUCAGCCAUGUAAAGUGUCUUUUUUCAGAAACAUUAAAUUGUAGUCAGGCCUGUACUUUCCAUGUUUAUUUGGAGACUUUAUUAAAUAAAUUAUGCAGCAAAAUUCA